AUGUCUGGUUCCUCACGCUCGAGAAACGACACAUCUACCCACAACAUCGGGAACAGCACCCUGGACGCAAUCCGAGAGUGCGUUGACGCGUUGCACAAAAUCAGGAAGCGAAAUUUUCUUACCUAUCAGCGGAACACCGACAAGAGAAUGGGCAAACCCAAGCAGAACGAUCUCAUCAAGGAACAGAAGAAAGCCAAUGCAGUGACCCAUGAUGCCAAUUGUAGACUGGACGCUUACACUAUGCAUUUGAGGGCCAGUUUAACUUCGGGUACUCCGAGCCCGUGGGAGAUGGCAAAGUUCGAAGAACUAUACGGCGUCGACUACGGUACGGUCUUGCAGCAUAUUCACAAUCCAGAUUUUCUACAAGUCACCAACCAUCGCGCUACAGCGAUGAUGGAGCUUGCGAGGAGCCACAACGGACUUGAGACGUUCAUAGAUGACAUUGAUCGGUACCAGAACAAUGUCGCACGCAUCGCAGGUCCAGCCCAGCUGGCGAAUCACGAACUCCAUCACUGGGCUUCACAGAUCGAUCUAGACUCUUACUCGAUUUUACCUCGGCGUGGGUCUCCAGGGACGCCGGCAAAACCCAGAAGAAACGUGAUGGAUUUUCUGAAAAUCACGACAGGUACCCAAUCUCAGCAGAGAGAAGCAGCUCGCCUAGCCAAACUUGACGCAGGGUAA